AAUUGCUGAGAAAUAAGCAAAAUAAGCGCGGAUUCGGUCACUUCCUUCGGGUCUUUAUUCCAGCAAUAAUAAUACACUGUCCUACGUGUGCCUAUCUGUGUUGGCGAUCUUCAGUGUGAUCGUAUUUCAGCUUAGAUUUUAUGAUUUCACAAAGUUCAGUUUAUGUAACUGUACCAGAUCUAGAUCCACGAUGAUAUAGUCAUACUUAACCUUGGUUUUACAGACUUUCUCACGAAAUCAGUGUUUUACUGCAACUACUGUAAUUUAGCUUUAACAUUUUCAUAGCUCUUUAUUGAAUAUCUGUGUACGUGUAUUACAUGUGUAAAGUUUGUGAUUGAUGCAUAAAUAUUUGCAUGUUUUUUUUUUUUGGGGGGGGGGCAAGAUGUUAUUAUAAUACAAUAUCCUUGUUGGUAAUGAUAUAUAUUUAUUUCUGAUUUCUGUACUAAUAAUUACUUUUGAGUGAUAUUUCUGAGCAAAGUAAGAGGUUAUUUACCAUGUAACUGCAGCGCCAAUUGAAAUGGACCUAAAGAUAAAGGUCAGAUACAUCCAUAAUAGCGUUGUGAUUAAUUUGUGAAAGGGGAAUCCAGCCUUGGUCAUAAUAUGUGUUGGAAUGGAGAAAAAUAAAUAAGACAGAGUGGUGACAGUUUGAAAGAAAUCAGACAAGCAAUAAGAAAGUAAUGGCUGUUUUAAAAUUGAGAUCCCUAAGACUGUAGAUUUCAAAUUGGCAACUGGGCAAGGGGCAAGGACAACUUUCCCAUAAGCCAUGCAUCAGGGAUUUGUGGUUUUGUAAUUAAGUACCUAUUCCCCUGGGGCAGUAAUCUAAAUAUAGCCCAGGUAGUAAUUGUUUUAUGUCCUCAUGAAAGAAAAAUAUAAUUUGAAGUACAACUUUUGAAUAGAAUGACAUUUUAGCCAUUUUAUGUAUUGGAGUACAUGUAAGAGUAGUCCUUGCCUUACAUGUACAUCACAUAUGCAGCCAAUAUGAGUCUUCAUGUGUAUAGUGAUUACUAAUACUUACAACUUUUAAAAAUUCAUAACUUUCUUAUUGUUUGUCUGAUAUUGUUAAAACUGUCAUCUACAUGUAUCAACUUGUCUGAUUUUUCUAGUUCUCAAGAAACAAGUUUUUAUUUGCGUUGGAUUGACUGAGACAGCAGUGCAUGAUACACAAUUCCUAUGGAAUUCCAUAAUCAGCACAACUAACCAUGAUUAACUCACAGUGGCAUGACACUUUUCACCCCCUUAUACGUUUCCACCUUUCCCAUGUGAUUUUACCUGAAAAGAACCUAAUUUGUUUUUUGUUCUUGUCUACAGAUCAUCAGUCUUGAAGCAUAUUCCUUUCCUGCUUUUGAUGAAGAUCAUCUUUGGUCAUGGAGGAUUACAAGUAUCUAUUUAAAGUUGUUCUGAUUGGCAAUGCUGGGGUCGGCAAAACAUGUCUUGUUAGGCGUUUCACACAGGGCUUAUUUCCACCUGGACAGGGUGCUACUAUAGGUGUUGAUUUCAUGAUAAAGACGAUAGAGAUCGGUGGGGAAAAGGUCAAGUUACAAAUAUGGGAUACUGCAGGUCAGGAGAGGUUUCGUUCGAUCACUCAGAGCUAUUAUCACAGUGCAGAUGCACUGGUACUAGUCUUUGAUGUGACGUCAAAAGAAAGUUUCAAUGCCCUACCAAGCUGGUUGAGAGAGGUAGAGCAGUAUGCAAGUCCUAAGGUCAUAUCAGUUUUAGUAGGUAAUAAGAUUGACCUUGCCAAGGAUCGAGAGGUGAACGAAGAAGAUGGACAAAGCUUUGCAGAUUCCCACUCGAUGCGUUUCCUGGAGACAUCAGCCAAAGAGUCUGACAAUGUGGAUCGCCUCUUCCUGGACAUUGCAGUUGAAUUAACCAAUAAUGUAAGAAAUGGUGAGAUCAGACAUGAUGAUCAUGAAGAUAUCAUCAAAGAUACUACUUCAGUCUCAACAUGCUGUAAAGGCUGACUCUUCCUAUCCUGUUGUAAAAUGCUUCUUGUUAAUUUGUUUCUUCAACUUCAUAAUGGUAAGAUCUGAUGACGCCAUUAAAGGCACUUCGUCAAUAUCAACAUGUAGUUGAACUAUGUGAUGGUAUCAGGUUCGUUCAUCUGUGUAUUACAAAUAUCUACGAUUGUAUCAUCAGAUAUUCUGAAGCACUGUAUUAAGUCCCAGUUAAACUCUGAUGAUAUCAUCAAAGACACUGUGCCAAGCUGUUCAAGGGUAGGGUUGGCCUCUCUGAUUAUAUCAUCAAAGACACUACGCCAGGCUGUACAGCGAUAGGGUUGGCCUCUUUUGAUAUCAUCAAAGACGAUAUGCCAGGCAGUUCAAGGGUAGGGUUGGCUCUUUUGAUGAUAUCAGAGAGACUACGCCAGAGUAGGGUUGGCCUCUUUGAUGAUAUCACAAGAGGCACUUCUGUAGUCAGUACUUGUUUAAAGGCUGACUUCUGUAAUGAUAUCAUCAUAGACUCCGGCUGACUGUACAUGCUGCAAAGGUUGGCAUUACUGAUGUUAUCAUCACACUACCUUUGAAUAUGGAUGUCAUCAAAACUACUAUCUCUGAUGAUACCAUCAAAUCGAACUCCAAUUAAUCCAGCCCGAUUUUUGUCUCACCUGCAUAGCAGAGUGAGACUAUAGGCGCCGCUUUUCCGACGGCGGCGGCGGCGUCAACACCAAAUCUUAACCUGAGGUUAAGUUUUUGAAAUGACAGCAUAACUUAGAAAGUAUAUGGACCUAGUUCAUGAAACUUGGCCAUAAGGUUAAUCAAGUAUUACUGAACAUCCUGCUUGAGUUUCAUGUCACAUGACCAUGGUCAAUGGUCAUUUAGGGUCAAUGAACUUAGACCAUGUUGGGGGAAUCAACAUCAAAAUCUUAACCUAAGGUUAAGUUUUUGAAAUGUCAUCAUAACUUAGAAAAUAUAUGGACCUAGUUCAUGAAACUUAUACAUAAGGUUAAUCAAGUAUCACUGAACAUCCUGCAUGAGUUUCACGUCACAUGACCAAGGUCAAAGGUCAUUUAGGGUCAAUGAACUUUGGUCAAAUUGGGGUAUUUGUUGAAUUACCGCCAUAACUUUGAAAGUGUGUUGGUCUAGUUCAUAAAACUUGGACAUAAGAGUAAUGAAGUAUCACUGAACAUCCUUUGCGCAUUUUAGGUCACAUGACCAAGGUCAAAGGUCAAUGAACUUUGGCCAUAAUGGGGGUAUCUGUUGAAUUACCAUCAUAACUUGGAAAGUUGAUGGAUCUUUCUCUUGAAACUUGGACAUAAGAGUAAUCAAGUAUCACUGAACAUCCUGUGCGAGUUUCAGGUCACAUGAUCAAGGUCAAAGGUCAUGUAAGGUCAAUGAACUUUGGCCACGUUGGGGGUAUUUGUUGAAUUACCAUCAUAUCUCUAUAAGUGUAUGGGUCUAGUUCAUAAAACGUGGAAAUAAGAGUAACCAAGUAUCACUGAACAUCUUGUGCGAGUUAUAGUAGUUUUCAAAAUCAGCACUGCUGCUAUAUUGAAUCGCGUGAUGCAGGUGAGACGGCCAGAGGCAUUCCACUUGUUUAUUGAAAGUAUUCCUUUCAUGUGGUGUUAAUUUAGCAUGUAGUUAAGCUGUAAAAUAUGCAAGUACAACAUAUAAUUAUGCACUCCAAUAGUUAAUCAUCGUCUCAACUAUAGAUCUUUAAAUAUUUCUCUCCACCUUUUAGUUCAACUUGAGGUCCAUGAAGUCAUCAAUAUUGAUUUUAAAAAAAAAUCAAUUUUUCAUCAGUAAAAUGACUUUCAUUGUAGAACUCUUUGAACAAGUAUUUUGGGGGUUAACUUGUCAGUAUAAGUAUUAUCUAAUCAAAUGAUAUUGUUAUGAAACAAAAAGUAUUGAAGUAUCUGCAUUCAAUAAUUUGCAAUAGAUUUUCUUGCCAUGUAUUAAAAGAUUUAUCAUUAAAACUCCACUGCCUAUAAAAUUAUGUGCAAUCUGCAAUACUGCAAUAUUAUGUUUAUCUGAAAAGUCUUUAUAGUCAUGUUCAAACAUAACAACUGUAUCAAAUGUAACCUGUGUCUCAGUAUUCUGUCAAAAGUCACAUGUCUGAGAGGCUUGGUGAUGAUGAUUAAUGACUUGUGAAGAAGGCGCUGCAUAGAUGAUCAGGGCCCCCUCUUGCAAAGAGUUGAUUGAUCCAAUCAACACCAACUAUGGAAAGCCAUCAAUGUUGUGUUUGACAGAGAUACAUGUAUAUGCAUUUUAGAUGUUGGGAUUGCUAGCUUUCUAUAGUUUGGGAUGGAUCAGUCUUAAAUCUUUGGAAGAUGGGGUGGUGCCCACCCCAAUCUUGCUGCCCUUAAAAUUCCCUAAUAUCUCGGGCAACUUUUAAAGAAUUUGCAUCAGGACUUUUGCAAAGGCUGAAUUGGUUCUGGGAGGUUUUUAAAGCCGUUUUAGAGAGUUUAUUCAGUUCCAGUUUAUUACUACCGUAUAUAUUAAAUGAACCUAUACGUUCUAAGACUGUGUGGAUGGUUGGAAUGACAUAUUUUAGUUGCUACAUAUUUCAUGAUAUUACAUUUUUACAUGACAAUUUAUUUUGGUGGGAUCAAAAUAAAUUGUAAAAACAACAGUAAAAAUACAUGUUGUACAUGUAGCUGCAUUUUUUUUUCUUAUUGAGUUAAAACGAUUUCUAAGCCUGGAAUGGUCUGAAAAUUCAGUCACAAAAUUUGUGAGAUAAGUGUGCAAAUCGCUCUUUUAAAAAUAAAACAAGAGAGAAAGUGCACUAGAUGUAUAUAUUAUCAAAGUUAAAUUUCAAUUUUUACGAAGGGUUAGCAGAUGAAAAACAUGGUCACUCCACUAAUGUUUAACUGUAUAUGGGAAUGUUAGUUGGUUCUUACUUGAUAAGGUGAUAUUUGCUCUUACGAGAAUUGCUCCUCCGCUAAUUUCUCUGAAGAUAAAAAGGUGAUGGUUAAUGGUUGUGAUAGGGUUUUCAGCUCAGAAUCAUGUGAAGAUUAAGAUUUUGAUGUUAAGGUAAGGUUUGAAGCUCAGGUUUAUGUUUGGCUCAAUGUGUGCAUUUUCAGUAGGAGCAAUUGUCCCAGGAAUAAACAUCAUAGAACCUCUUAAAGCUUUAGCCAAGCCUUAAAUGCACCAUAUUUAAUUGGCAGACUGCUUCUGUACUAUUGGGCUGCUGUGCAUGCAUACAUGUAUUUGAACAAGAACUAUAAAUGAGAAGACAUAUUUGAUUUUUUUCAUUGGCAAGAUAUGAAGUAUAUUUGGAAACAGAAAGUUAAUCUUUUUUAUAUCAAAUGUGCAAUGUUUCCACAUGGCUGUAAAGUGUUUAAGCGAGGUUUUAGUUCUCAACUCAUAUGUAAAAUAUCAUGACUGUUAAUAAGAAAGUAAUGAUACCUUUUGUAUUUCUUUCACAAACAGUUUAUUUGUUUGCUGUAUAUACCUUUCAAAGUGCAAUUUUAUAAUUUCUUGCCUUUAAUAUUCUCAACUGCCACUAACACUGCUUUUUAAAAACUUUUUUUUAUUAUAAUCUAAUUUCAUUCAUUCAAUUUUCAUCCCUCCAAAAGCUAUUCCCUUUAUCAGGACCAAAAUACAGUCAAACCUGUCAUAGCAAUCCUCUGUCUAUAAUAGUUAAUACAAAAUUGUCUCACAAUAGAAAGGAUUUUAUCCGUCAUAAUAAUAAUCUGAAAACAUGAUUGGUCUGAACCUGUCAUUUUCCCCAAAGAUAGUUCCAAUCAAUGUCACGAAAUUGGCAAAAAUGCCAUGAAUCCAGACAUCACAUUAGUUCAAAGCUAUCUAUCUAUAAACUAACUAUCCCUCAGUGACGCGAAUGCAACUAUUUUUCUUUGGUGCUGUGCCCCUCAGGAAAAUAGUCGCAUUCCGGUGUCACUUUGGAAACCAUAGUUCCAAUCACCUCCUCUGGUGACCGUACGGGUGCAUCGUGGUCGAGUGGUUCUGACUCUCGCCUUUCAAACAGAGGGUUGUGGGUUCGAAUCCUAGCCAUGGCAUGUUUUCCUUCAGCAAGAAAUAUAUCCACACUGUGCUGCACUCGACCCAGGUGAGGUGAAUGAGUACCCGGCAAGAUCAAUUCCUUGAAUGCACUGAGCGCCGGUGAUGGUAGCUCGAGCUCAAGCCGGGGUAAUAAUAGCAGCGCUUUGUAUCCUCAGGCAAAAAUGCUUUAUAAAUCCAGCUAUUAUUAUUGCUAUUAUUAUAUUUGUUCAAUGUGUGUUAUAGAACCUGUUUAUAAAGGCAAAAUAUCUGCAGUGGCCACUUUUCUAUUUCCCUUGGAUGGCCUUAAAACACAAGUAUGACUGUAGUAACAAAAGUUUGCCAUUCCUUUUUAUAGAAAUGUAUUGUUUCUUACCCAUUGGCCUCAUUCAGAUAUUGCAAGACAAAUCUUAGCGAUGUUUUUAAGUGUUGAGAAGUUUAGACAUGGUUAGACAUGGUCCCCCUUUACACGUACAUGCCAUUUAAAGUAUGUACAUCAUUAUAAUAUUAUUAUUACAUGGGUUAGUGUUUCUCACCUGUCAAACAGAGAACCGUGGUAUGCAUCCUAUUGUUAUGCAGUGUAUGACUGAGAGAGCCUUUACUAUCCAUGUACUUGGAUUUGGGGUUCAUCUAAUUCAUCACCUUCUUUUGUUUAUAACUAACAAAAGAAAGUUAUGUAUCUAUUUGUUUAACAUUCCUCUCUCAAAAUCAUGUAAAGCUUUUUUUAUGACACACCAUGUGCUGAGAUAUGUAGUGGGUGUCUGUUCUUGAAUCUGAUGUUCAUGUCAAUAAUAAUAACAAUAUUUCUGUAACCUUUGGAGUAUUCAUUGUAAAAAUCUGAAAGAUAUUCAAUGAGUAUUUUUUUAUUUGGCUUGGUGUAGAAUGUCUAUUCCCAUGAUCUUGUAAAUAUAUUGCCAGGCUUUUCUUAUGGCAAACAUCUGCAGCUUGGCACACAAGUGUAUAAUCCAUUGCAUCAAAUAAAAACAAAAUGUUAUGUAAUUGUUACAUGUUUAUGAUCAUAUGAUAUUUUCCUGAAUUCACUAUUAUUCAUUUUAAGCACAUUUUUUGCAAGAACAUAUAUAUCAAUGUGUAUAUAUUUAUGCCAUGCAUAUAAUUUGAUUUGACUAUAUAAAGGGGAAACAAUAAACAUGACAUCUAUGUCAGUGUUAUUGAUUUUUACAUUGUAGCUAUUAAUGUGUUCUUCCUGUUUAAGGAUAUAUGUCAUAUGAAUUAUUUGAAGAAAAAAGGCGUAGGUGGAAAUGACUGACAUGUUUUAGGCUAGAAGUAAAUUUAACCUGUGUCACUUGCUUCCUGUAACUUCCCAAAAUGAGGAGAUUGUGGUUAUGAUAUCUUUUUACUUUUUUUUCAACUGUCUGUAAAAAUUACUGGUUGAGAAGUAUGAGUACCUGGUUUUACCAAGAAGUUGCAGGUUUCAGCCUCAACUGCUGUUUACAGGUAAAUAUGUCUUUGAACUAUGGGUAUCAAACACUUUGGCCGGUAUUCUGAAGUCAUGUUUUACGUAGACCAUGGUCUAAUUCUUAUCCUUCACAAACAGUUAAGAAUUAUUUCAGAGUCAAAUGAGCUGAUACAUUGAACAUCUACUUUUAGGGAACUUUGCAACUUUUGGCUGUCUAUAUUUAAAUCACAACUUUAGACCAGAGUUUAAAUCAAACCCAACUUCAGAAUACCGGCCUUUGAGUGUUCUCAAAAGUUGUGAGUC